GUCAGGCGUUAGACAAGUGAUGCAAAUGAUCACUAUCACAUACAAAUCUUCCCUUUGAGGCACUUUGCUCAUUGAAUUUGGGGCGUGCUUACAGAGACACUCUUAGCUGGAGGGGCAGCAGCAUGUUAGGUACCACAACUGCGCAUUUCAUCCACUGAGAGACUGCUGGAGGAGGGGAUACGCAUCAUAUAUACCUAACCAACCGUCUUUUGGAUCACUCUGCUGGUUGAAACCGAUCACGGGGCACGUGUGUGCGGUGGAUACGCCAGAGCGCUGUGAUUCGUGGACUAAUUGCGGGGCGCUUGCGGGAAUACGAGGAGCAUCUCUGUCCGCGAGAGGGAAUAUCUCGUUCUCCUGACCGUCUCCACAGAGUCUUCUAUUUAGAGGGCAUUUAUUUUGUACUAAAAGUGAGAGAACGAUAUCAGGAAAGAUGUUGCCGACGACAUUAUGGGGUUAGAGGUGCCGAGAUUCAACCCAUCACUGAAUAUGGAGUAAAUUCCCACGUCUUCUCUAAUUUUGACUGGGAAUACAGUGAACGGGAGCGCAUCACGGUGACUCGAUUAUACUUCUCACAUUCAAGGGAGAAAUCAUUCCAUUCACAAGCAAUUGGAUGAGAGUCAUACUUGCCCUUGGCAACUAAAGAUGACGUUACUAUGGAAACGACUUGUGGUGCUAUCAAUCAUUGGCUGCCUCACAGUCUCAUCAGCACAAGCAGAAGACACAAAGUUUAUUGGUCCAAGGUGGAAAACAGAACCAGAGGACCUGAUACUGCCCAUCCAUUCCCCUGAGCAGGAGGCCGUUUUAACCUGUGAGGCAUCUGGAGUCCCUUCCCCUCAGUACAGAUGGUCUCUAAACGGAACGCUCAUUGAUCUUCAUGGUGACGAGAGGCGUCGCCUGUCUGGAGGUAACCUGAUCAUUACUGGCCUGGAUCGAGACCAAGACAGUGGUGUCUACCAAUGCACUGCCUCCAACGCCCGGGGAACCAUUCUCAGCAAGAGAGCCACACUACAAUUUGCAUAUCUGGAAAACUUCAAAACGCAGACAAGAAGUGCUGUCAAUGUCAGGGAAGGCCAAGGGGUUGUUUUGUUAUGUGGCACACCUUUGCAUUCUGGAGACCUCACAUUCACCUGGGUCUUCAACGAGUACCCUCACUUCGUCCUGCAAGACAGCCGACGCUUUGUGUCCCAGGAGACGGGGAAUCUCUACAUAGCUAAAGUGGAACCAUCUGACGUAGGGAAUUACACCUGCGUGGUUAAUAACACUAUUACCAAGGAGAGGGUGUUCAGUUCGCCGACACCUUUAGUGCUGAGAAACGAUGGAGCGAUGGGAGAGUACGAGCCCAAAAUAGAGCUUCAUUUCCCAGACACCAUUCCAGCUGCUAAAGGAUCCACGCUGAAGCUAGAAUGCUUCGCCCUGGGAAAUCCAGUUCCUAAGAUCAGCUGGAGAAGAACCAGUGACGUUUUAUUCCCAAACAAAGUCAAACUGAAAAAUUCUAAUGCCAUUCUGGAGAUUCCGAGUUUUCAACAAGAGGACACAGGGACGUAUGAGUGCAUAGCGGAAAACAGUCGUGGAAAGAAUGCUGCAAGGGGUCGCGUGUCUUUCCAUGCAACACCUCAUUGGCUGCAAACAACGACAGACACAGCAUUGUCCAUUGAGGAGAAUCUGUUUUGGGAGUGCAAAGCCAAUGGGAAACCAAAGCCCUCUUAUAGCUGGCUGAAGAACGGAGACACUCUUAUAUCUGAGGGCCGAGUGCAAAUAGAGAACGGCGCGCUCUCCAUCUCCUCGCUAAACCUCUCAGAUGGCGGGAUGUAUCAGUGUGUGGCGGAGAACAAGCACGGCAUCAUUUAUUCCAGCGCCGAACUGAUGGUGCUUGCCUCUGCUCCCAGCUUCUCCCAGAAUCCUUUGAGCCGAGUGCUUAAGGCUCGCUCGGGUAGUGACGUUAGCCUAGAUUGCAGACCACAUGCUUCGCCCAGAGCCAUUAGCCUGUGGAAAAAAGGGACUGAGAUACUGCAAAGAAACGAAAGGAUUUCCCUCUUCCCCAAUGGAACUCUUAAGAUUGCCAACGUAACUAAGAGAGAAGGAGGUAGUUACACGUGCAUCGCUAAAAAUCAAUUUGGCACUGCUAGCACAACAGGAAGACUGAUAAUCACAGAGCCCACGAGGAUCAGCCAGGGCCCCAGCAGCACUGAAAUCACUGUGGGGGAGAGCAUCGUGCUUCUCUGCCAGGUGACUGCCGAUCCAGCCUUGGACGUGGCCUUCUCCUGGGCCUUCAACGGUCAGCCCAUCGAUUUCCAUCAAGACGUGAACCACUUCGAGCGAGUGGGAGGGAGCUUUUCCGGUGAUCUUAUGAUUCGAAACAUCCAGCUUAAUCAUGGUGGGAAAUACGUUUGCCUUGUUGAUACAGACGUCGAGAGUUUGUCUGCUGACGCAAUAUUAGUCGUUAAAGGUCCCCCCAGCCCCCCAGACUUGGUCGUGGUGGAGGAGGUCACAGACAGCACGGCCCAGCUGUCCUGGAGCCCAGGCCAGGACAACGGAAGUCCCAUAACAGGAUAUGUCAUCCAGGGCAGGACUCCCUUUACUGUCGGCUGGCAAGCUGUCGACACAGUUCCUGAGGUGAUCAAUGGGAAUACUUUGACUGCAACCGUUGUGGGUUUAAACGCCUGGGUGGAAUAUGAGUUCAGAGUGCUGGCCAGUAACAGUGUUGGCAUGGGAGAGCCCAGUCCCCCAUCUACCAAGAUCAGAACAGAAGACGCUGUACCUGACACGGCUCCCACUGAUGUUGGAGGCGGAGGAGGUACCAAAUCGGAAUUAGUGAUAACAUGGGAGCCUGUUCCAGAGGAGUUGCAGAACGGAGAGGGCUUUGGUUAUAUCAUUGCUUUCCGGCCAGUGGGCAUGGUCACUUGGACCCGCGCCGUGAUCUCGGCACUCAGCGUCACCCGCUACGUUUUCCGCAAUGACACCAUUCCACCAUUCUCGCCGUUCAAUGUCAAAGUGGGAGCGUUCAACAACCGCGGGGAAGGACCUUUCAGCACUAUUGCAACAGUGUUCUCCGCAGAAGAAGUGCCGAGCGUACCGCCAGAGAGGGUGUCAGCAAAAAGUCUGUCGGCGGCCGACAUCGAAGUUACCUGGGAGCCGAUUCCUGUCACCCCUGAAAGAGUUCUCGGAUAUGAGGUGGUGUACUGGGAAGAUGACACCAAGCCGGAUACAGUGGGUAAAGUGCGGAUCACUGGAAACUACACAGCAGUGAAUGUCAGCGGCCUGCAGGGGAACACUCAGUAUUAUUUAGCGGUGUGUGCCUUCAAUACUGCAGGAACUGGCCCCCAGUCCGUACCUGUCAAUGUUACCACCAAAAAAACACCGCCUGGACAGCCCCCUCAGAAUGUAGAGUGGAAUCUGAUUGGCUCUCAGCUUUUGCUUCAGUGGGAUCCCGUCAUUGCUCUCGAAACUGAAUCUGAGGUCACCGGAUACAUAGUGCUGUACAGAAGACACCGGAAUAACGACAUGUACUCUGUCAUCACCAACAAAACCUCGGUGGAGUUGACCCUCAAUCCAAAUGACAACUACGUCAUUCAGAUCAAGACCCUCAGUGAAGGGGGCUUGGGGGAAGGAAGCGAGCCUAUCCACAUCCACCAACUCAGCAUGGGUGCACGUGGAUCCAGAGCGGGAAGGCUGUGCACACUUUCUCUCUCUCCGCUCCUCAUCUGCGCUCUGUCGACGCUCAGUGCCUCCUGAUGUUCGCCUCCCAUGAGCACCAGACCAGGCCUCACCGAGAAAAACAUACUUUCUGCUCUUUCCUUAUACAAGGCUUAUGUUUCUCAUUACAGUCUGACUUGAUGGGAUUCACCAGCUCCGGCAACAUGUUUGAAAGAGCCGGAUAUUGAAAUGUCAUGGGAAUCUUGGGAAAUUCAUCUUUAGUAAACAUGGCAAAGGCCUGCACAAGAGUAAUUAGGGGUUUUGGGAUGGACUAGAACAGACUGCAAAAAAAUAUUUUCUGAAUCAGUUUU